AUAGUUUUAGAACGGGCAGUGCUUCUCGCUCCUCAACUUUUAUAAUGUUUUUAGGUGAUCAGCUGAGCCAGGGGCCACCAGGCUGACCCUCACACCUCACACAUCAGAAAUGGAAGCACCUGUAGAAUCGGAUACUGAUGAUGGAAGUGAUGAAUCCAUCACUCUGCCUGGAGACUAUGAAGAUGAGGUGGACAUAAAUAUACAUUUCCACUGUGAGCAUUGUUUUAAGAUGACGAGGUGUAAGGAACGUCCCAAACCUGGAUGGAGCUGUGAACUGGAGUUGUGUCAAAAUGGCUGUGGUCACAAAUUCCACAUAUGUAAAACAGAGGAACACCGCCUCAUUUGUAGUCAUGAACGAGUGCCUUGCAUCAAUACUGGUUAUGGAUGUCCCCAUUGGAUGCAGCGUCGCUUUUUAGCAGAACAUUUGCCAUUCUGUCCAGCCUCAGUCAUUAUAUGUAAUGCAGAGUGGAAUCGGUGGGCCUUAGGAGCCAAAGAAAGAGAAAAAGUGUCAAUGCCAAAAGGUCUAACUGCUCUCUAUGAUCCUGGAGACCUUGAUAUGGCCUUAGCUCUACAUGACCAAGAGCUUGUAAAUGAGAUGCAGAAAAUGCCCAAAAAAGUUCGAACGACACUCUGUAAUGGAGUUACUCGGCGCUUCCCCUGCCUUCCCCUAACACUCCGUGGGUCCAGACAUGAAACUCCAAAUGAACAUUUCAAAUCCCCCAAAAUUACCCGGUCAGCAACAGAUGAGGAGGAGGAUGAUCUCACUCCAGGUCUUUCUGUGUCUGUGUGCACUGAGCUUUUACGGGGCAAGAAGCAGGGUUUAUCUAGCAGCAGUAGUGAGGGAAGGGGUACACCCAUACCCACUCAACCCCUCACCAACCCUAACUCCCUGGAUGAUGUCAACGAUGCUGCUUCAGAUUAUGACAUGCAGAAGCGUAACUCAGGUCCAUCAGCCGCAUCACCCAAUACAGAUGACAUUGCUGCAUUGUGUUGCUCGCACGGGAUCAUGAAGGGUUUGUGUUUAUUUUGCCGCGAUGAUCCAGAUGAACCUGACUUUAAGAUGGGUAAAGUAUGGCGAGAGCGACUCUCCGUUAAGAAACCUGGGCAGGUUAAAUGGAAAGAAGAGCCACGAGUGGAGAAGGUUAGAAAACGUAAUCAGUUUGGAGAGUUUGCAUACAAAAGAUAUGAUGAAUCAGAUGAAGAGGAAGAAGGAGACACAAUAGAUAAAUUGAAUAUUAUAUUUGAUGAACAAGGUCGACCAGUAGGAAAACGAGCAAGAUUUCAAACUCCUCCACCAGCUCCAUUAACAUCCAAAGGUCUUACAAUGGAACUAACUUUAAAGCACUACUCUCGGCACCAGACAAAACCAAGGCCAAUGUUUACCUUUCAAUGUAUGCAGGAGGUACGACGCUCCGAGUUUAGCAGUCACUAUCAGAAUGUUCAUAGUGAAAUACAGGAAGGAUUUGAUGGGUGGCUUAUCUCCAGGUGUCCCCUGCAUGUGUUUGGUUGUCCUUACAUAUCUAAGCGGCUUCAUCCAGGACACAAGGGCGGUGAUGUGGUUUAUUGUCACAGUCUUAAUGCUUUUGGCAUCCGACCAAAACUUGACUAUGAGCCAGCGUCGUGUGGUGGCCUCCCAAGAUCACGUUCACCAAGUGUUGAAAAAACUACCAGCUCAUUCAGUCAGAUGCGUCUCACAUCUGCACAGAAAACAAUGACAUCCAUCCCAGAAAACUGCCGCACUGGCAUCUACGAAACAGCUGAGCAGUAUUAUGCCUCCAGCACUAACCUAACAUUUUUACCCAUUGAAGUACUGCAGAAUAUUGCUAGAUAUUUAGAUGGCUUCAGCAUCAACAACCUUUCAUUAACCUGCCGAUUAAUGAGGGAUAUUUGCCUCUCACUACUCAACGAAAGAGGCCUUGUUAUUAAAGAAUGGGUUCGGUACUUAGAGAAUGGUAGAGUAAGAUGGAGAGAAGGCAAGAAGCGCCGUUUCUUUAGCAAGUCUUUUGAACAUGUUAACCACUGGGGUUUUAAGGAUGAAACUCACAUGGCUAACCAUUUACAAGUCUGUCCAUUCAAUAAUAGACAAGUUGCUGAGAAGAAGUUUGCCUAUGUCCAGCCAAGAAAAGAUGGAACAAUUCAAGUAAACUUCAGAAAUUGUCGAGUUUGACACUUGGAAUGAUAUUGAAGUAUUCUUCUUUGUGGAGACUGUGAUAGCUUUAAUGCUUUCAACUUAUACUGGGUUGAAAGUUUUUGUCAUUAGAAUGUAAUUUUAUUCAAGAAGAAUUCAUAUUAUAGUAAUGUAAAUUUUAUUGAAAUAUUGAAUUAUUAUCGUGCUUUGGUAAUUAAAUUGAGCUUUCCCGCA